AUGGGUCUCCUGAGUGGCUCGUCCGAGGCUCCUCCAAAAGCUACACGAGAGGAAAUGCGAGACGCCAAACUUCCCCUAGCCUACCGAGAUAGCUGCGCGAACCUCCUCAUUCCCCUCAACAGAUGUCGUGUCGACACAUACUACCUCCCGUGGAAAUGUAGCGACGAGCGACAUAGCUACGAGAAAUGCCAGUAUGCUGAGUUCAAGAAGCGUGUAGCGAGGAUGGACGAGCUGAGGGAGGCCAAGGGCGGGGCACGAAGCAAUUGA